ACGGCGCGGAGCGCGCGGGGCUCGGCGCCGGGGCAGCGGGGCGCGGGCCGCGCGCGCCGCCGGGACCCCAGCCCCCCAAACUUUGGCAAGUUGCGGGCGCCGAGCGCCGCCGGAGGCGCGGGGCGCGGCCGCGGGCGGAGCCGCCCCCUGACGCCGCGCCCCUCCCGGCCGGGCCGGCCCCGCUGGCUCGGCUCAAAGUUUGCGGCCGCCCCUGCGCCGCGCGCCCGAUGUAUGGGUGAUAUACUGCGGCGGUGUCAGGGUGAGGGACGGCCAUAUUUGCCGGUGCGGCCCGAGCCGUCAACAACAAAAAGUGCGCGGGUGCUCGGCGGGCGCUCGGACGGGCGCGGGGACGCGGGGGCCGCCGCGCCGCCGCCCGGCCUCGCCGCCGCCGCCGCCCUCGCGGCCUGGCCCGGCUGCGCCCGGCGCGCCCGCCGCCCGGGGGAAUGUCGUACAAGCCGAACUUGGCCGCGCACAUGCCCGCCGCCGCCCUCAACGCCGCUGGAAGCAUCCACCCGCCUUCCACCAGCAUGGCAGCAUCCUCGCAGUACCGCCAGCUGCUGAGCGACUAUGGGCCGCCGUCCCUGGGCUACACGCAGGGAACUGGGAACAGCCAGGUGCCCCAGAGCAAGUACGCGGAGCUGCUGGCCAUCAUCGAGGAGCUGGGGAAGGAGAUACGGCCCACCUACGCGGGGAGCAAGAGCGCCAUGGAGAGGCUGAAGCGAGGCAUCAUCCACGCUCGAGGUCUGGUUCGGGAGUGCUUAGCUGAAACAGAGCGGAAUGCCAGGUCCUAGCCGCCUUGUCUGCUGAGAGGGUCUCUCGACAGUGAGAGGUGACAGCUCAUCUUCCCUGUUCAGAUGAAACACUUGUUUUCAAAAUGAUAACAGUUUAGUUUUUUCUCCCAAGAUUCACAAUCUCAAAAUAUUGGGAAAAUAUUUCGAAGUUAAUUAGGAUUUGCAUUUUACAUAGUUAGGAAUGACCCAGGUUUUUUUUUUUUUUUUUUUUUUUUUUUUUAAAGCAUUGAUUUAAAAGAUGCAUGUGAAGUUAUUUUACUGCAAACUGUUGUUUGGCUCCAAGAUACCAGUGUCCCUUUAAUCUUUUGAAUACUUUAUGUCACCCAAAUUGUUCUUUGUUCCUUUUCAUAAGCUCAGUUGAUCCCAAGGACUUUGUUUUAAUGCAUCCCUGACCGCCUGCUUCACUUAGCUGGUCCCAUGUGCCAUACAGUGUAGAUUCUGCUUAAUGGCACUUUUUUUGCUUAAGCAUUUGCAUGACUCUUAGUGCUUUGAAGUCAAUUUUAAGAGUGCACAAGUUAUAAAUACAGAAGAAAGAGCAACCUGCCAAAUCUAACAAGGACCCCGAAAAUUUUCAUACUAAGACUGUAUGUAGAUUUCAGUUCUGUGUUUAUUGUAAGUUGAUCAAAAUAUCUGGAAGAAAAUGACUAAAACUGUUUGCAUCUUUGUAUGUAUUUAUUACUUGAUGUAAUAAAGCUUAUUUUCAUUAACA